CAGCAUGUCUCUGUCCAGCCCUUUCGUUCCCUGUGGUUUUUUCACUUGUAGCCCAAGAGGCCUGGCAGCCAACCUGGAGGAGAGACCUGGAGAAAGCUGGAAACAUGCUGCCCUUAUGCACUGCAAAACAACAGAUUCAGCUCCUGGGAAGCCUGCCGUCAGCGCACUUGACGGAGAUGGGGGUCCCCAAAUCUGCCGUGUAUGCGGGGACAAGGCUACUGGCUACCACUUCAAUGUCAUGACAUGUGAAGGAUGCAAGGGCUUUUUCAGGAGAGCCAUAAAACGCAACACCCGGCUGAGGUGCCCCUUUCGGAAGGGCGCCUGCGAGAUCACCCAGAAGACCCGGAGACAAUGCCAGGCCUGCCGCCUCCGCAAGUGCCUGGAGAGCGGCAUGAAGAAGGAGAUGAUCAUGUCGGACGCGGCUGUGGAGCAGAGGCGGGCCUUGAUCAGGAGGAAGAAGAGAGAACGAAUGGGCACUCAGCCCCUAGAAGCCAAGAGUCUGACUGAGGAACAGCAGACAAUGAUCAGAGAGCUGAUGGAUGCUCAGACGAAAACCUUUGAUACCACCUUCUCCCACUUCAAGGAUUUCCGGCUGCCAAAAGUGCUCAGCAGUGGCCCUGGGAUUCCGGAAUCUCUGCAGACUCCAUCGGGGGAAGACGCUGCCAAGUGGAGCCAGAUCAGGGAGGAUCUGUGCUCACUGAAGGUCUCUCUGCGGCUGCGGGGGAAAGAUGGCAGCGUCUGGAACUACAGACCCCAAGCUGACAGCAGUGGGAAAGAGAUCUUUUCCCUGCUGCCCCACAUGGCUGACAUGUCAACCUACAUGUUCAAGGGCAUCAUUAACUUUGCCAAAGUCAUCUCCCACUUCAGGGACCUGCCCAUAGAAGACCGGAUCUCCCUGCUGAAGGGGGCCACCUUUGAGCUGUGCCAACUGAGAUUCAACACAGUGUUCAACGCAGAGACUGGAACCUGGGAGUGCGGUCGGCUGUCCUACUGUUUGGAGGACACUGCAGGUGGCUUCCAGCAGCUUCUCCUGGAGCCCGUGCUGAAAUUCCACUACAUGCUGAAGAAGCUGCAGCUACAUAAGGAGGAGUAUGUGCUGAUGCAGGCCAUCUCUCUUUUCUCCCCAGACCGCCCUGGUGUGGUACAACGCAGUGUGGUGGACCAGCUGCAGGAGAGAUUCGCCAUCGCCCUGAAGGCCUACAUCGAGUGCAAUCGGCCCCAGCCUGCCCACCGGUUCCUGUUCCUGAAGAUCAUGGCCAUGCUCACCGAGCUCCGCAGCAUCAACGCCCAGCACACCCAGCGUCUGCUGCGCAUCCAGGACAUACACCCCUUUGCUACCCCCCUCAUGCGGGAGUUGUUUAGCAUCACGGAUGGCUGAGCAGCUGCCCCUUGGACGAGCCUCCAUGGGGCAGCCAGAGCCCUCGGAGCUGCCAUUCCUGGGGCUAGAUAGAUGGAUAUGGCUGAGAGCUGACAAUGCCUUACAGGUCCUGCCUCCCCGGGGAAUGCACAACCACCCUUCCUACAAUGCUGCCUGGCAUUCUUCAGGAAGGGGAUAAGGGUCUCCCCAGCAUGGAGAGUGAAGCCACAUAGACACUUUGAUGAAGAGUGCACUGGCCUAUAGGUUGGGCCCGUCCAGAGGCGAGAUCACCCUCCCCUUAGAAAUGGCCCUGUGGUCUGGGGAUUUAGUGUCAUGGUGGGAGAGGGGAAGAGGUGACUGGGGCUGGACCAUCUGGGAGUCUAUGCUCGCACCCAAGUUCAUUAGCUUCUUGGAUGUUUCCGCUGCUAUCUCUAAGUAUCCCUGUCUUUCCCACCCCACUCAUUCCCAACCUGCAGCCUCUUGUCCUGAGCUGUUCAGUGAGUCCCAGGCCUGUGUUCAUCAGCAGGUGCAUUUGUGUCUGUGAGAGAAGCCUGAAGGCCUGUAGCAAACGGCAGAAGCUUGUCAUGACUUCUGUGUCUAUUCUUCCUUCUUUCUGGGCACCUCAUUCUGUGUCUCUGCAUCCAUUCAAACACAUUAGUAAGCACCAACAGUUUGCAGCUUGCUGUGGGGUAUACAAUGCUGACUCAGACAUGGUUCCUGACCUUCAAUACUUUCAAAUUCAAUCUAACAAAGCAGAAACACAAAUAGCUUUGAUCAAAAGCAGUGAUAAUUGACAUAAGAAACACAAGGAAUUUCUGUGAAUGCCAUGUGGGGUUCUGCAUGCACUUGAGGACCCAAGUGAGGGACCUCUGGAACGUGUGUUCGUGGGACCGAACUGGCUGUGUGCAUAUGUGUGUGCCUUGGUGUAGGUCUGCUCCGCAUAUGGACUGGGGCUUGGCUUUUCUCCUGAGGCUGGAACACAGGGGUGCUUUGUGUGACAAGGCUACACUGGCAGGCAGUUAAUAAACCGUCUAGAUACACAUGCACCGUAUGUUCCUGUUUACAUGUCUAUUUUGAAAGCUACAGAGUAUGAAAGUGUUUGCGUUGUUUAUAGCCAUUUUGACUAAAAAUGUUUUUGCCCUUUGUGCAAAUUAUAUUUUGACUAAUUUCACAAAAGGCAUUCUAUACCCAAGGACAGGCUUAGCAAAUAGGUUCCUGAGUUUAGUGUCAAAUAAAGGCAAGAGGACUGAAAUAACUUUUGGCUAGAGAUGUAAACCUUUUUUUGCCUUUUUUUCUGGGGGAGAAAGAAAUGUGGAGGUGGGAAAAUAGAAGUAUUAUUAUAUAUUUCUUUACUACUUAUUUUUACUAUUGCCUUUUACACAUCUAAAGGCUAUUGGUGUAAAAACAUAAAAAUGAUUUCACCUGGUUUGCUCACGAUUAUUCCAUGUAAAAACCAUAUAAAAAUGCUACAUUUCCCCAAUUGUGUGUGUUUGUGUA